GACACCUCUGCAUCUCGCUUGUGCAAGUGGCCAUGUGGAUGUAGUUACAUAUCUAGUAGAAAACAAGUGCAAGCUAAAUCUUUUUGACAAUGAUAACAGAUCGCCACUGAUGAAGGCAGUACAGUGCCAGCACGAAGAGUGUGUGGUUAUUCUGCUACAGCAUGGUGCUGAUCCAAGUCUGGCAGAUAGAGAUGGCAACACUGCCUUGCACCUGGCUGUCCUGUCUCCUAGUACAACUGUAGUAGGGCUGUUACUUGAGCAUAAUGCCAGUAUUGAUGCCCCAAAUAAG